AUGACAUCGUUCAAUUCACCGUGCCCUAGAGCAAGCUGGGAUAGCAAGGAGUAUGAAGGAAGCGUAGCGUUUAUUCGAACUUUGAAUGAUGCCGCCAUUCCUGUAUCUAUCCAGCAGAUGAUGCUUGAUGGCUCUGGCGUGAAGUGGAUUGUCAAGGACAUCGAGAGCAGUCACUCUCCUCAGAUCUCUCAACCGGAGAAGUUGAUUUCCAUAAUUGUUGAGAUUGCCCAGGAAUUUCAGUCACUUUAG